AUGGCGGAGGAGACGACGAGGAAGAGCCACGACGACGAGAAGGACGCCGCCGACGUUGUUGUUGCGAGAGAAACAACAACAACAAACGACGAUGAUGAUGCGCAACAAAUAAAUUCGUCGGCAUCAUCGACGGGCAGUUCUUUUUCAUCGAAGUUGUUCCUGCUUGCGUUUAUCGGACUCUCCGUGGCGCUUGGCUUGCGCGAAGACGUCGGCGAACUCGUGAAAGGCAGUGGUGGUAUUGAAAACGAGACGACCCGCGGAGAGACGAUGCAACAAAAGGAAGACGCGAUUUCCGUGGGAGAUAGAAUCCACAUCUCCUUUUGUCAAUCCUGA